AUGCUGGGGGACUACCGCAGUCUGACCCUCAACGUGGUCAACCGCCUCACCUCGGUCACACGCCUCUUCCCCAACUCCUUCAACGACAAGUUCUGUGACCAGAUGAUGGUAAAGAAGGAAGGCUGCUGAGUUUGGGCUAAACAUUUUUUUGAAGUCGCUAUUAACUCGUCAUGGUAGUAGUCACUGUUUGAAUAAAUGAAUUACUAUAUAUCUGAUUAAUCUCUUUCUCUCUCUCAGCAACACCUGAGGAAGUGGAUGGAGGUGGUGGUGAUAACCCACAAGGGAGGCCAGCGCAGCGAUGGCAGUGUGAGUAUGAACACAUAGGAAGAGGCCUUAACACACACCCUGACAGCUCCUCAGUGAGGCCUGCUGUAGAUGAGAAGUGAGUGGCCAUAUUACAAUCAAUGAUUAAUUAGGCGCCAACCAGAGAGCAGAGCCAGCAGCUCAGCCAGCAUCUCUCCGCUCGUUAUCUCUGACAGAUAACCUUGUAAAGGGGAAGAAGAGGUGACGCGGGGGGGAGAGAUGCACCGUCCACCGUCAGCCCCCUCACCCUCUGCAGAAAUAGCAUCCAUUAUUUCCUGCUUUUCUUUUCUCUUCCUCUCUCUGCGUUACCACUGGUAAUGAGAUGUAAAUUGGCCCUCUGUUCGCCUGCCACUGCUCUUCUCUUUGAAGGCUGCCACUGACAAUGAGGCCGGGCCACCAGGUCAACCACACAGGAGAACAGGGAGAGAGGCGACAGGGAUGAGGAGGGAGAGGACGUAGGGAGGGAUGAGGGGAAAGAGGGAUGACGAGGAGAGUGAGGGGGAUGAGGAGGGACAGAGAGGUAGAUACUGGAUGGAGGGAUAAGGAAGGAAGCACAAUUAUACCAGUUUGUUUAACCAAUUUUCCUGUUUUUUUCCCCCCAUGUUUAUUCUGAAAAUGUUUGAGAUCUCUCAGAUCUUUGCCACAGUCUGAAUAUUUGCUCACAGUCAGUCAUUCCACUCCAUGCCAUCCUUCAUGCACCCCCCCCCCCCCCCACACACACACACACACACACUGCUUUGCUGACUCUUUCCAUUCUCUCCCAUUCCGUUCCGGCACAGCCUGCAUUGGAGGGCGUUGAGGUGAGACUGGGUCCAAUGUUGCCCCACCCCCCUAUAGUUGAACUGUUGUGGUGAUGGUAGUGCUGGUGGAUUGUAUUGUCUGUGUUGUGUUUGGUUGCUGAACCUUAACCUAACCUUACCUGGUGCUAUACCCUAUCAAAAUGUUCUGUGACAUUUUAAACCAACUCAGUUUAUCCCCCCAUUUCAUUUUAACAUCCUAUAAAAGUCACUAAUAGUAAAGUCAUAGAAAUCAAUCAUCAUAGAAGUCAUCAAGUUGUAGAUGGUACUCUCAAACCCUCUUGUCUAUAUUCCAAAACAACCAAUCACCACUCCGCUACUAGUGACAUCACUUCCUCAUCCCCUGAGCUGUUUUACCUUAGAAACGCCCUGUCGCGCAGUUCCAAAUCGACCCCUAGCCCCUACUCCCUAGGUACUCGUGGAGAUCUAGCCAAAAAUAUCUCAAAAAGUGUCUAGGGAUUAGGCCGGACUAAGGGGUCCAUUUGGUAUUGGGCUAGUGUAUCUCAACAGUUACUGCAAAAUCAAGAUGUCUGUCCAAGACGUGGGUAAAGAUUUCUUAAUACUAACUCUAUUUUAUUUUCUCACCUCCACCUUCCCUCUUGUCCUCUCCCUCCCCCUCUCUAGGAGAUGAAGAUAUGUUCGGCUAUUAUCAACCUGUUCCACCUGAUCCCAGCAGCUCCUCAGACUUUGGUCAAACCUCUGCUGGAGGUGGUCAUGAAGACAGAGCGUGCCAUGCUCAUAGAGGUACUAGGCACCUCAAUUAUCUCCAUCCCUCCACUCCCCUCUGUCUUUUUCUCUCCCUCCUCUAAUCUCCUCAUCCCACCUCUCCAUCUACCUCUGAAUUAUAGUUCCCCUACACUUCCUUUUCAGUUUCUCCGUCUAUUUUUUUUAGAUUGUCAACCCAUCAGUGUGUGUCAUGGACAUGGUUAACUGAUUGCCCCCCCCUCUUCCAGGCUGGCAGUCCAUUCAGGGAGCCCCUGAUCAAGUUCCUGACGCGUCACCCGUCCCAGACCGUAGAGCUGUUCAUGAUGGAGGCCACACUCAAUGACCCACAAUGGAGCCGCAUGUUCAUGGUGAGACAAAUGCCCUCCUGCCAAGAGCCUCGGGCACAUUACGUCUCACUACCGAGUUUUAACUGUGUCAAGAGGAAUCCCUGUGUGUUGCCAAAUACAAGUGCAGUUUUGGCUGCUAAAAUUUUGCUCUGGUUGUUCUCAUUCAGCUGGUUUGCUCUAUGGAUCUCUAAGAAAUUCAUUCCAUAUUUCCCAUUCUCUUAAUCCCCUUUCCACUAUUGUGCUCCAGAGUUUCCUGAAGCAUAAAGAAGCCAAGCCCCUGAGGGACGUGCUGGCCUCCAACCCGAGCCGCUUCGCCCCCCUGCUGGUCCCUGCUGGUACCGCAGCCACCGCUAGACCUGGGUCCCCCUCCACGAACACAGCCAGGCUUGACUUGCAGUUCCAGGCCAUCAAGGUGAGGGAGGACGCUCACGGAUGCACAGCUAUGGACACACGCGUGCACUCCAUUACACACACACACACACACACACACACACACACACACUGAAGCACACACACACACACUACACACGCACCCUCCCUUACAUUUACAUUUACCCCAUGACACUUAAUGCAAAUCUACCGCUGACAGGCUAGUUUCCGCCAUAUUGCUUACACCUAUCAAAGAUUUUCCAACAGUUUGUUAUACCUUCUCACACCUUCGAGUCUACCACUUUCUCUCCUCUUCUCAGAUCAUCAGUAUCAUAGUGAAGAACGAGGAGGGCUGGUUGGCGGGGCAGCACUCUCUUGUCAGCCAGCUCAGACGGGUCUGGGUCAGCGAGGCCUUCCAGGAACGACACCGCAAAGACAACAUGGCCGCCAUCAACUGGAAGGAGCCCAAGCUGCUGGCCUACUGCCUGCUCAGCUACUGCAAGUAUGUACCACACACACACACCAUGAUAGUGUUGGCUUACUGCCUGCUCAGCUGCUGCAAAUAUGCAUCAGUUGCACUACCACUUGUCAAUACUUCUUAGCUCAAGAGGCUUGAGAGAGAUGCAUCCUUGACUGUGCAACCUUGAUCUUUCAUGUAAAUCUUCAAAGACAUUGAUGUAUGACUUAUACAAAAGUCUGAAAGGAUUUGUACUGAGCACUCACCCUCUCUCCUUGUCCCUCCUCCCCUCCAGACGUAACUUCAAUGAGAUUGAGCUGCUGUUCCAGCUGCUGAGGGCGUUUACGGGUCGUUUCCUGUGCAACAUGACCUUCCUAAAGGACUAUAUGGAGGAGGAGAUCCCUAAGAACUACAGCAUCGCUCACAAACGAGCCCUCUUCUUCCGCUUCGUAGAGUUCAACGACCCACACUUCAACGACGAGCUCAAAGCCAAGGUAACCAACCCAUCUCUCUCUCUCUCUCUAUCACUCACUCACUCACUCACACACACACACACACACACACACACACACACACACAGACAGAUAUGGAUGUAUGGGAACACAGCAUCCCCUGAAAUGUAUUCACACACACAAAGAUAUGUCGAAAGACCGUUAUAUUAAAAACACAAAAUCGGUAAAUAAAUGGCAAUAUUCUUCACAAACUCGUAAGUGAGUGUUCCCUGCUGAACUGCAGCAUUUUGAUUUCAACGGUGCAGCGCCAGUUUACCCCCUGAUGAAUUCUGCUGCUCAUAUAGUCAUCCUCUUAAUUGUUCUCCUCUUGCGAAGAGCAGAUGCUGUCCGUGUGUGUGUGUGUGUGUGUUAGUGCUUGAUUGUGUGUUCUUGUACGAGUUAGAGAUGGGACGAUAACCCGAAGAAUUAUCAACACUGACCAUACCGAUGACUUAUCGCAGGCAUUUUGCUGAUAUCGUUCAUUACAACAAGUAGCCUAUACUAGAGAAAUGUGUUUGAAAUGAAACAAGUUUGCUAAUAUGGAUGAUUGUUAAUGGUACAAUUGCUAUCUAGUAGGAGUAGUUGAAAGGAUAAUAAAAAAAACUGAUGCACAUUGUUAAAAUUAUCUCCCGAGUGGCGCAGUGGUCUAAGGCACUGCAUCGCAGUGCAAGCUGUGCCACUAGAGAUCCUGGUUCGAAUCCAGGCUCUGUCGUAGCCGGCCGCGACCGGGAGACCCAUGGGGCGGCGCGCAAUUGGCCCAGCGUCGUCCAGGGUAGGGGAGGGAAUGGCCGGCAGGGAUGUAGCUCAGUUGAUAGAGCAUGGCGUUUGCAAUGCCAGGGUUGUGGGUUUGAUUCCCACAGGGGGUAUGAAAAAAAAAUAAUGUAUGCACUAACUGUAAGUCGCUCUGGAUAAGAGCGUCUGCUAAAUGACUAAAAUGUAAAUGUAAAUGUUAAAAUGUAUCGUUCUAUUUGUCGUUAUUGAAUUUAUCGCUCUACUGUGUGUGUGUGUGUGCCUGUGUGCAUUACCUCCACUGACAUUUUAAAUAUUAGUCUUAAGCAUUUGGCACCCUAUUCCCUUUAUAGCACAAUACUUUUAAACAGGGCCCAUAGGGCUCUGGUCAAAAGUAGUGCACUUUAUAGGGAAUAGGGUGCUAUUUGGGGUACAGAAACAGAGGCCUAUUCACAUAUGGUGAAAUAAUAGGCCCAAUGUUACUAACAAAGGGGUGUUCUUUGUAGUAGCCCUCCUCCCAAGAGAUGUUUUCCCCUAGCCUAACAUCUGGGCGAUUUUAACAUAAUGCAUAUUUCUCUCUCGCCCGCUCUCUCUGGUUCAGCCACAGGCACUUCCUCUGCUGUAAUAGAUAAUGCUAAUGCCUCCGCUAGACACACACACACACACGCUGUAGAAGGAGGACACUAAUCAUCUAAUGGCACUAAAGUAAUGUUGGGCGACGUCUGUAUGAUUGAUAUCACAGAAACUCUAAAUUAAUGGGAACAUAUGAGACCAAAUAAGAGCGCGUCGCGCUAUGCAUUUCCUCUCCCUCUUAUCUGUGCCUGUUCGUGUGUGUGUGUUAAUGGCAGUGUUAGAGCAUAUGCUGCCACAUGAUGCUUCUAUUAAAAUAUGUCCUGCCUAGAGGAUGAUGUAUAGUGUGGAGACUAGUUCAUUAGGGGAGAGUACCUAUAAAUGCACUCAUUAGCUCCGUUAUUCUGCUACUGACUGCUUAAUCAUUCCUUUGUCUUGAAUGUCUACCAUUGAUAUAUGCUCUUUUUUAUUGAUUUAUUUUGUAUAUGCUCAUGUUACUGUGAGGAGUUUACAUUAGUAAGUUGAGAGAGAUUUGACUAAGUCGCUGUGGAUCAGUGUCUGCUAAAUGACCUAAAUGUAAACAACGUGGAAUUUUAUUUUACUGACAUUCCUGCCCUUUUAUCUCGUCUUUAGACCUUUUAAAAAAGACUACACCCAUUAGUGAAGUUAGAGAAGAGAAGUUAUCUUCUCUAUCAGGUGUGUAUCUGUUAUUACAACCUGUCUCUUCCUGUCCCAGGUGUUGCAGCACAUCCUGAACCCAGCGUUCCUGUACAGCUUUGAGAAGGGGGAGGGGGAGCAGCUUCUGGGACCGCCCAAUCCUGAGGGAGACAACUCGGAGAGCAUCACCAGUGUCUUCAUCACCAAGGUUAAAAAACAAACAAACCAACGCCUCGCCCUCAAGACUCUUCAUGGAUGGCCUAUCCUUUCUCUACACCCCUGUCCUUCUCUCCUCUUUUCAUCCCUUUCUCCCUCUUAAUUUGUUACAUCCAUCUCUACCUCUUUUUCCUUUUAUUCUGAUCCUCUUCUCCCUCUCUCCUCUCAUCCCUCUCUUCCCUUGCCCAUCUUGCCCCCUCUUCCUGCUCUCAUCCUAUUGUCCUCUCUCCUCUCUUCCCUUGCCCAUCUUGCCCCCUCUUCCUGCUCUCAUCCUAUUGUCCUCUCUCAUCACUCUGUCCAUCCAUCAGAGCAGUGUGUAAUGUCCUGGCCUGCCUGGCAGUACUGUCACCGUGGCAACAGUAAAGGUCACUGUUUUGUUUGUCUUGAACACGAUCUAAUCAUCGUCUCUGACUCACUAUCUGACUAACACCAGACCUAGUAUGGAUCUGAUCAUCUGGUUGGGUUUUAAACUCAUUUCCUCUCGCCUCCUUUCUACAUGACAAAUUAUGCAUUUUAAGUCUUUGGAAAAUGCCACUGCCAAAAACAACUAUUCCCCCACCCUCCCCAAAUCGAAUUAUAUUGUAUUUAUUUAUUGAAUUAUAUAAAUUGCUUUGUUUAAAAAGACCUAUAGAAUGUACAUCAAAUAUGAUGACGAGGUAUUGAUGCUCUUCUCCUUGCCCUUCUCUCUGUGGAAAGAAAUGUAUUGAAGAACAAGUAAUAUAAUACAUCCAUCUCUCCCCUAUAGGUCCUGGAUCCAGAAAAGCAGGCAGACUUACUAGAUUCCCUCCGUAUCUACCUGCUCCAGUUCUCUACUCUCCUGGUGGAGCACGCCCCCCACCACAUCCACGACAACAACAAGUCCCGGAACAGCAAGCUGCGGCGCCUCAUGACCUUCGCCUGGCCGUGCCUGCUGCCCAAGGCCUGUGUUGACCCUGCCUGCAAGUACAGCGGCCACCUGCUCCUGGCACACAUCAUCGCCAAGUUCGCCAUCCACAAGAAGAUCGUACUGCAGGUUACUUUCCUUUUUUUAAAUAUAGUCUGCAUUUUCUGUGAAAUAGCUUGAAAUUAUUAUAUUGUGGCAGGCUGUUGCCAUUGAUCAACUCUUUUGUCUUGUCCACAUUGAUGUGGAGGGCACUUGACCAGCAUCAUUCUUGGAGGUUGCUGGUCUGUUUUUAGGCUACAUAAUUCAAUUUAGAAAGGAUAUCCGCUCACAGAUUUAUGCCCCCAAAAGUAACGUUUUACGUUUGGCAUGGAUCAUAUUUCUUCCACUUGUGCGUGUAUCUAGGUGUUCCACAGCCUGCUGAAGGCCCACACCAUGGAGGCCAGGGCUAUAGUCCGCCAGGCUAUGGCCAUCCUGACCCCGGCCGUGCCAGCCCGCAUGGAGGACGGACACCAGAUGCUGACCCACUGGACACGCAAGAUCAUCGUGGAGGAGGGACACACCGUCCCUCAACUGGUCCAUAUACUGCACCUUAUCGUCCAGCACUUCAGAGUGAGUGACACACACACGCACACACACAUAUACACACACAUACAUGGAUGCAGGAAGACACACGCAGUUAGACACACGCACACACAUUCUAGCACGCAGGGUGGAUUUGUCUGUAUAAUUAUACUUUAUAAAACCUACUAAUUCUAUGGGUCUUGUACUUCCUAUACCCUUCAUCAUUAUGAUCCCAGCCAGUAGAUAGCUGUUUAGAACUAAACUGACGCCUGGUGAAGUUCAUUUUAGAUUGCUCCGUGACACACUGCUCUCUGACCGAGACCACUCAUCUCAUCAUCAUUACCCUGGAGAGAUGAGUCUGUCAUGAUGGACGUGUGUGUGUGUGUAGAGAGUUAAGUGUGUAUGUCUCCAUCUCUGACAAUGUAGAUGGCACUCAUCUCACACUCUCUUUGCAGUGUGUGUGUGUGUGUGUUUCCAUGUAGACAGGGCUUAGCUGUGCUUUCUGUCUGGGGUUGAGAAGUCCCUGUCAGCCAUCAGAGAUAAUCACUCCAUCUGAACCGCUCUAAUCAUCUCUGACAAUGUUGACAGCACUCCAAUAGGAUAGCAGUGUCAUAGAAGCACUCUUUUCAGAGUAUUUGUGUAUGUUUGUCUCUGUGCGCUUGACCCUUUGGGGUUUGAUUGUGUGAGUGGGCAUUCUAGCUAAGUAUAGGACUAAUAAGUGUGUGGGCCUUAAAUCAGUGGUGUCUAGAGCAUACCUGUGUAGCCUAGAUGAACACACACAAGGUAUUUCCCCUGUCCCGCCGUUUUCUCCCACGUGGUGUCUAACCACGCACCCCCUUCCUCCUUGUCCCCAGGUGUACUACCCGGUGCGUCACCACCUGGUGCAGCACAUGAUCAGUGCCAUGCAGCGUCUGGGCUUCACCCCCAGUGUGACUAUUGAACAGAGGAAGCUGGCUGUGGACCUGGCCGAGGUCGUCAUCAAGUGGGAACUACAGAGGAUCAAAGACGCACUGGUACACACGCGCACACACAUUUUAUGACAUUAAUAAUUAUUUGUUUGAGGAAAGAACACGUUAAUUGUUUCUCAUAUGGUACUCUUCAUUUUACAACUGUAGAAAGUUGAUUUUGGUGGUAUUUGAUUCCUUUUUCUUAGCCGGAGGUGGAGGGGGCCGACCCAGGUGGGAGUGGUGAGGGGACCAGUGCAGGGGGUACCGGGGGGGUAAAAAGAGGCCUCUCCAUGGACUCUGCUGCCGGACAGGACGUGAAGAGGUUCCGUACUGCCACCGGAGCUGUCGCCGCGGUAACACCGCCCAGCACAAGUGUACGUAUCAGGAGGGAAUAUAUUAUUUUCUCUGGUCACUUGGUCAGGAAAACCGAAUGGGUCUAUGUAACAGCUCCACCGUGCCUUCUGAUUGGCUAGGUUAAAUUUGCGUGUGUUUGUUUGGGCUCACCCUGUCCCCUGUGUGUGUGUAGGUGUUUGGCCGCAGUACAUCCAUGCCGGUAACAGAGACCCUCCUCACCAAGCCAGUGGAGAAACAACACACAGACACCGUGGUCAACUUCCUCAUCCGCAUCGCAUGCCAGGUAAAACACUCCUUUCUCAUGAUCACAGGUACCCCCCCCCCCGGUCACUGCAUCACAGUCAGCAUGCCUUGGUAGCAGCAGCAGAUGUUCAGCCCUGGACUUUCAUUGAGGGACAUGUCCUUGGUUCUGGAUCUGUGGGCUUUACCUGAAAUAGAACCGGGAAAGAAUGUCACCUUCUCCUCUGGGCACCAUUGUACAUCCUUGCCAUGUGAAUGUGCUUCGUUUUACUUAGGUUACUUGCAUUACAACUGUCUGACACUGAAACAGCUGCUGCUUUUACUCCGUUUUGUUUCACAAGACCUGUGGACCCUUAAUUAACCUUUGUCUAUUUUCAAUGGAAGAUGAUAAUGAUGAUUGUUUUUCUUGGGGAACAUAACAAUGUCGCUCAAACAGAAGGGGAACUAACAAAAUCACUGACAACAAACAAAGUGGGGUUUUAGGAGGGGUUCUGAAAGACACUGAAAGUUGAUUAGCAACAACAACUGGGACCUAAAAGACACCCACAGUGAGCGCCUACUAAAUUUCCCCACUACGAGGCAAACAAAAGAAAAAGCUACACUAAACUUAAAGACAGGAAGCAUUGUCUUUCUAGAAAUCAAAUAGGGACAGCCAACCAAAGGUGUUGACCCUCCACAUCUCUCAAGGCAACUGGAGGGCUGGGCCAGCCGCUCUUAAUUAGCACCUUCCCAUUAACAAGAUGGCAACCAGCACAGGUGCAACACAUACUGACUAACAAGGUGACACCAAACGGUGCGCCCUACAUGCUAACGUGCUAAAGUCUAACCUCUAAACAUAAAUGGAAAAACCUGUAACAUGAUGAUGAUUAUGAUGUCUCCUCCCUCCCUCCAGGUCAAUGACAGUGCCAAUGUGGCGGGGUCUCCAGGUGAGCUCCUGUCCCGUCGCUGUGUCAGCCUGAUGAAGACUGCCCUCCGCCCUGACAUGUGGCCCAGAGCUGAGCUCAAACUACAGUGGUUUGACAAACUCCUCAUGACUGUGGUAAGGCUUCACAGAAAUCUCAGCUUCUAGCAUUCUAGUUGUUUAUUUUGUGUUCACAUUGAGGUUUUGCUUCUCUUCUGGGCAAAAUUGCUUUAUCAUGCCUCUAGAAAUGAUUUGUAAAUCUCACAUCAACUUACAACAUACAACCAUCAACUCAAAUCCACCAUGUAUAGCUGUGUUUUCAAUGAGUGAGUAACUGAAGUAUGUUCUUGCAGAGUUUCCUCCUGGGAUUUGGCCUUCAGUCAGUUGUUUUCCUCAGCUCCUAAGUUUCAGUCUGUCUUCCUAUUUUAAUUCCUUUGUCCCUUAUCAGUUCCCUGUCAUUAUUUAGUCAUUAUUUGAAGCCGCAGCCUCACUCAGUGUAGGAGAGAUAACUAAAGUAAAUCCACCCGGACUGCCUUGACUGUCCUCCCCUCCUCCACCCUAUUCAUAAGCUUCCUAGGACAAGGUUAUCUGAGUGCAACCCCAAAUGUCUGACAAUGAUUGUUUUUCUCUCUGUGGAUCACUGCAGCCCCCCCUCAAACCGAGCCCCAACCUUACCUGGGGGGGCUGAACAGUACAUGCCCAGCAGUCUUAUCCAGACCAACGCUUUAAAUCAGAUUACCUUUUAUCUCAUUGUACUGCCAUGUCAGUCAUUAAAGUUACAGCGGGAGAGGGCAUAACACACACACACACACACACCUGUCUGAAACACACCAGAGACUAGGCGUUAUUCUGUUCCUACAUCACUGAAUCAAAACCUUUUAACUUAGACCAGAGCCUUAUCAACCGAGCCACCUUGUUCAUUAUUACACAUUAGACCAAAUGGUCCGCUCCAAAUCCUCUAUCUAUCUCCAUCUUCUCUCCUCCCUCUCGCUCUACUAAAUAGAGAGUGAAAUUGACAGCACUCCAAAAGGAUAAUCUUAGAUAAUUGAUGUAUUACCCUGCACUCACAUUAUUUUUCUCUCCACCUCUCUAACCCCCCCCCCCCCCCCCCCCCCCUCCAGGAGCAGCCGGCCCAGGCUAACUUCUCUAACAUCUGUACUGGUCUGGAGAUCCUGUGCUUCUUGCUGACGGUGCUCCAGUCCCCAGCCAUCCUAACCCACUUCAAGCCCCUCCAGAGGGGCAUCGCUGCCUGCAUGACCUGCGGCAACACCAAGGUCCUGCGGGCCGUCCACUCUUUGCUCUCCAGACUCAUGAGCGUCUUCCCCACCGAGCCCAGUGAGUCCCAGCUGUAUUAGUAGAUCCCAGACUGGUGUCUGCUGUGACAUACUUUUAGGAGUUCUCCUGUGACCCGUUGACUCAGAAAGAAUCAGCUGCUGACACGCUAUUUGGGGAACUGCCUUUUGAGUCGAUAAGCCAAACUUCAUUCUACUAUGAUCAAAUGUGUUACCUUUUCCUCUCCCAGGCACGUCAACUGUAGCGUCUAAGUAUGAGGAGUUGGAGUGUCUGUAUGCAGCAGUGGGGAAAGUCAUCUACGAGGGCCUCACCAACUAUGAGAAGGCCACCAGCAGUGCUAACCCAACACAGCUGUUUGGUAAGACACCUACCAGUACCAAUGCGCACUCUCUGUUACUUUCUCUGUCGGCCUCUUUCUCCCUUGCAAUCAAUCAUUCCUGCUCGUUCGCUCUCUCUCAGGCGCGCCUGCACACACUAUCUCUCUAUCCAGCAAUUAGAGGUGUAGGUGUGUUUUAAAUCUAAGGCAAUGGUCUGUGCAGGGUGGGUUAACAGCUCGUCUGGUUAAAUGAACGGUGCAGCACAGGUCAGUCAGUCUGUAGGGGUAAAGACCGAUUUUUCUCUUUCACUACUUCUAAUAUCAGUUUUAUACCAGAUGUCAGAAGUUUUUCUGAAAAGCUUAUUUUUAAUGCAUGAGAAUAAAGUCUCAAUUUACACGGAGGUGGCAUUAUUUAUUUAAGUAAGUGGCACAAAGUGACAAAUGGCUAUUGGAGAACACUCUAAAGGUAACGCUAUUUGAUACCUUUUCCCGAAAUGGCAACAGUGGUCAAUAACUGCCUUCAUACCCUGUCCUCUCCUUGAGGGGUUGUGUUACACACACACACACACACCGCUGGUAUGAUGCAUGCCUCGCCGACGGUGACAUUUUAACAUUCGUCUCCCCUCCACAGGAGACCGAUGAUUUUUCUCCACUCUGUAAAUUGGUUAGAUUUCCUCCAAAAACGACCUUGUAGUGUGUGUGUGGGAGAUGGUGACAUUGUCUCAAAUGUAUUUUUCUCUCUCUCUUUUUUUUUUUCUUUCUCUCUCCUCUCUCUCCCAGGUACGUUGAUGAUUCUGAAGUCUGCCUGUAGUUACAACUCCAGCUACAUCGACAGGCUCAUCUCUGUGUUCAUGCGCUCGCUGCAGAAGAUGGUCCGAGAACACCUCAGUCCCCAGCAGGCCACCCCCGGGCCCACCGAGGCCAGCACAGGUUGGGAAUACACAAACAAACAGACUCACACGCAUUCAGAGACACACACACACACACGCACAUACAGGUUUCCAGACUCACUUUUUCCCCUGGUGGAACUGGUGCUACUUAGUUUUUCAGUUGGUGGCACCAGCCCAUCAUUUGGUCACACCUACAUUUUGCCGUAAUCCUCUUAUAAAGUUAUUCACGGUGCAAAAAAAUAUGUUCCAUCUAACAUGUCCAACCUAAAGCAGUGAUUGUCAUGGAUUUGUUGGUUGACAAUUAGGCUAUUGUUGCUAUACACUGAGUGUACAAAACAUUAGGAACACCUGCUCUUUCCAUGAGACUGACCAGGUGAAAGCUAUGAUCCCUUAUUGAUGUCACUUGUUAAAUCCACUUCAAUCAGUGUAGAUGAAGUAGAGGAGAUGGGUUCAAUAAGGAUUUUUAAGCCUAGAGAAAUUUGAGACAUGGAUUCUGUGUGUGCUAUUCAGAGGUUGAAUGGGCAAGACAAAAUAUUUAAGUGCCUUCGAACGGGGUAUGGUACUAGGAGCCAGGCACACCGGUUUGAGUGUGUCAAGAACUGCAAUGCUGCUGGGUUUUUCACGAAUUGAGGCUGUUCUGAGGGCAAAAAGGAGUGCGCAUCUCAAUAUUAGGAAGGUGUUCCUAAUGUUCUGUACACUGAGUUUAUUUUACAGUCAAAAUAGGGCUGAAUUUUUUUUCUUCUCAAUAGAUUCAUUUGCCUACAUAUUUUUUGUCCACUAAUAUCACAUGCUGUAGGCCAGGGUUCUCCAACUGGCAGCCCGCGGGUGAUUUUAUUUAUAUUUGGACAUAAAAUACUAAAAACACCAGCAAAUCAGCUCCAAGUGGUUUUAAUUUAGGAAAUUCCCACGCAUAAUAGAGACACAGUGCCUUCAGAAAGUAUUCACACCCCUUGACUUUUUCCACAUUUUUUUGUUACACAGUGGGAUUUAAUUGGGCCUCCCGAGUGGCGCAGCGGUCACUACAGAUCCGGGUUCAAUCCCGGGCUGUGUCGCAACCGGGAGACCCAUGAGGUGGCGCACAAUUGGCACAGCGUCGUCUGGGUUAGGGGAGGGUUUGGCCGGCUGGGAUGUCCUUGUCCCAUCGCACUCUAGCGACUCCUUGUGCCGGGCGCAUGCACGCUGACUUCGGUUGUCAGCUGUAUGGUGUUUCCUCCGACACAUUGGUGCGGCUGGCUUCCGGGUUAAGCGAGCAGUGUGUCAAGAAGCAGUGCGGCUUGGCGGGGUCGUGUUUCGGGGGACGCAUGGCUCUCGACCUUUGCCUCUACCGAGUCCAUACGGGAGUUGCAGUGAUGGGACAAGACCGUAACUACCCAUUGGAUAUAUCAAAAUUGGGGAGAAAAAGGGGUGACAAGUACCCCCCCAAAAAUUUUAUUUAAUUGUCAUUGUCUGUCAACGAUCUAUACAAAGUACCCUGUAAUGUCAAAGUGGAAGAAAAAUUCUAACAUUUUGAAAAUAAAAAUAUGGGUAAAAAACACUAAUAUAUCCUUGAUUAGAUAAGUAUUCAAACCACUGAGUCAAUACAUGUUAGAAUCACCUUUGGCAGCGAUUACAGCUGUGGGUCUUUCUGGGUAAGCCUCCAAGAGCUUUGCACACCUGGAUUGUACAAUAUUUGCACAUUAUUCUUUUUAAAACUCUUCAAGCUCUGUCAAGUUGGUUGUUGAUCAUUGCUAGACAGCCAUUUUCAAGUCUUGCCAUAGAUUUUCAAGCCGAUUUACGUCAAAACUGUAACUAGGCCACUCCGGAACAUUCAAUGUCGUCUUGUUAAGCAGACUGAACUAGGUUUUCCUUUAGGAUUUUGCCUGUGCUUAGCUCUAUUCUGUGUCUUUUUUUUAUCAUGAACUCCCUAGUCCUUGCCGAUGACAAGCAUACCCUUAGCAUGAUGGAGCCAACACCAUGCUUGAAAAUAUGAAGUGGUACUCAGUGAUGUGUUGUUGGAUUUGCCCCAAACAUAAUGCUUUGUAUUCAGGACAUAAAGUUAAUUUCAUUGCCACUUUUUCUGGCAGUUUUACUUUAGUGCCUUGUUGCAAACAGGAUGCAUGUUUUGGAAUAUUUGUAUUCUGUACAGGCUUCCUCUUUUUCACUCUUGUCAAUUAGGUUAGCAUUGUGGAGUAACUACAAUGUUGUUGAUCCAUCCUCAGUUCUCCUUUCACAGCCAUUCAACUCUGUAACUGUUUUUUAAAGUCAUCAUUGGCCUCAUGGUAAAAUCCCUGAGCGGUUUCCUUCCUCUCUGGAAACUGAGUUAGGAAGGACGCCUGUAUCUUUGUAGUGACUGGGUGUAUUGAUACCAUCCAUAACAUUACCAUGCUCAAAAUGAUAUUCAAUGUCUGCUUUUUUAUUUUUACCCAUCUACUAAUAGAUUCCCUUUGCGAGACAUUGGAAAACCUCCCUGGUCUUUGUGGUUGAAUCUGUUUGAAAUUCACUGCUCAACUGAGGGUACAGAGAUGAGGUAGUCAUUCAAAAAUCAUGUUAAACAUUAUUGCACAUAGUGAGUCCAUGCAACUUAUUAUGUGACUUGUUAAGCAUAUUUUUACUCCUGAACUUAUUUAGGCUUGCCAUAACAAAGGGGUUGAACACUUAUUGACUCAAGACAUCUCAGCUUUUCAUUUUUAAUUAAUUUGUAGAAAUUUCAAAAAACAUAAUUCCACUUUGAAAUUAUGGGGUAUUGUGUGUAGGCCAUUGACAAAAAAAUCUACUUUUAAUCCAUUUUAAAUUAACUCGAACCAGGGUUUGGAACCAACAAUUAUUUUCAAAUCAUUUUGUUCUGAACAGAAACAUAUUUUUUUCUCGUUCCGUUCCACUGUUCUGAACCAAAAAAAUACAAAAAGUAACUGUUUAUCGUUCCUUUUUAAACUUCUGACAUUUAAAUUACUUCACAAAUGGAUAAAGUAGCUUGCUAAGGAGUGGGCAAGCUAUGUACAUGCAUUGGACGGACAAGUCUAGUGUAGGGUGCGACAUUUGACUGAAAUUUAGCAUGUGAGGAGAGCGCUGGGCAUGAAGUGCUGGGCGUCUUGUUGUUAUGACAUGCAUUAUCUGAAUUAGGCCAGAUAAUUAUACCUACGGAGGAGCGGCUUCUAAGAAGGAACUUUGAAUGUUUUUGAACUUUUUGGCUUAGUGUUGGACCAGAGCUAGCCCUUGAUCAUGACUCUCAGUUCCGUUAAAUUACACACAAUGCUGUCUAGAGUUUUUGAGAGCUAGACCAGAGCUAGCUAACAAGCUUGUGUGUACAGAGCGGCAGCAGAUUUUAAAUAUAAACUUGUGUUCUGAAUCACGCCAGUAAACUUGUCUUGCCUUUUUGUACUUAAUAAAUCCAAUGUGAAACGUGAUUACUAUAGUAUCCUUAACUAGCAUUGAAAAAGUGAAUCCAUUCUUCUCUAAUUAAAAAUCGCUCUCCCUAAUUUCUGAAUCUCGCCUGUAACUUCAGUAGCUAGUGUAGACUAUGCAUGCUUCGGAAGGGCAGGUAGCCUACACACACACUGGCAAAGAUUUUCAGCUGGCAGGCAUGCAGACGAUGGAAUACGUUUCUGAGUGACCGUAAGGGCUUUGAAUAGGCACUUUCUUGUGGGACAUUUAUUUUCUUUUUUUCUGAACGUAAAAUAACAUGAGCUGGUUCCCAUGCUUUUAAAAUAACUUAUGUUCAGGAACAGUGUAGAUAACUUUCGUUCUACUUCUGUUCCUCGGAAAAGUACAUAAUUUUUCGGUUCUUUUCCCUGAACCGGUUCCAACCCCUGGCUGUAACACAACAACAUGUGGAAAAAGAAAGGGGUGUGUGAACUUUCUGAAGGCACUUUAUAUGUGAUCUAUACAAAUGUAAGCAGGUUUGAAAUGAUGUUUUAGCCAAAUAUUAUAUCUGUUUUGACUUCUUGCGUUCAAUUUUCAGUCCACAAAUUAUUUGCUAUUACGUUUCGGUCCCCUGAUCAUCCUCUCCAGAAAAAGUUGUCCCGCGGCUGAAUCUAGAUGAUGAUCCCUGCUGUAGGCUAAUUCAUUUUGGACUAAUUCACCUCUUAAGGAAGUGGAAAUUCAAAACACAUUAGCUAGAUUACUAAAUAAAUAUAAUAUGGCUGCUAGUUAGCUGUGUAAUUGAUUUAAUAUUAAUUGUCUCAACAACAAAAAAACGUUGUCUACCCAAUGACUUAUAUAGGCCUACGGGUAUGCACUGACUCACCACGAAACACUGCGGUAUGCACUCGCUCGCGCUCUCUAUCUUGAAGCCGUAACCUACCAGAAACGUUUGUUUUAAACCGGUGCCAAUCACUCAAUAUUGAGAAAUAAAUGUUAUACCUACAGCAAGCUGUGAUCCUCUAUCCAACAGAAACAACAGUAUGUGCUUUCAAACAAUGUUUUCCCCGCUAUUACAGUUUGAAAUGUUGCGCAAUCAGAACACAUCUUUCUCUCCCUCUAGAGCGCACAGGAGGGAGAGGGAGUGAGAGUGGCUCGCUCAUCACAGCAGCCGCCAGCGAAACAGGUACAGGGGCAGAUCAGACCCGUUCAUUGUAGGAAUCAGGAUAACGCAUUUUACUGUUUGACCAAAUCAGGAUUUUGAAAAAUAGGGAGUUUUGAAUGAGAUGACCAGCUAGAAUUUGCAGCUUGCACCGAUGCGACCAUUUCAACAUUUAACUGGCAUAGCCAAGUUAAAGGGACUUUAAAUGGGUCACACUCUGGAACCUUAACACACGCAUACACACCUAUUACCUUGGACCUCCCACAUACUCAGGCCCACCAAACACAGUUCUCCCAGUAGAUGUGUUACCUAGCCCCAGCAGCCCAGGUUGGAUGGCAUCAGGUUACUUCUAACACUGCCCGGCUCUCUGCUCCAUUUCCUCCAGUCAUCGGCCAUUAGUGCUCUCCCAGUUCUAUAAUACAGUCUUCCUAAAUUAGACUUUAUCAAACGGGUGAAAUUUCAGCUGGCUGACCUUAGCACCCCCUGCAACCAGUUGGAAUUUCCCUAAUCUGUGUGAUACUGAGAUGAGAGGGUGUAGCAGUCAAAUCACAAUGUGUGUGUUCCGGGCACCUCCAGAAACCCCUCAGGACCCAGAUCUCAGAUAUCCCCGUAUCUCGGGUCUGUUUGGCCUAUACAGAAGCCCCUGUAUCAGUGUGAAUGGAUCCCCUGGGCUGAUAGAGGUCUCACUGGGAAUGUACUACGGCUCUGAUUCCCUUCCUGGGUUGUAGAUGCAGUGAGAUGCCUCUGGCUGAGACAAAGAGCCUUUUAGCUUGCACUGUUUCGCCAAAGGUUAGGUGGUCCUCCUGUUUAGUGUAGUACGUUUUCUGCAAGUUAAGUCUUGCGGCAUUAGUGUGGCCAAUGGGUGCUGCUGCAGUGAGACUGCAUUUAGUGUUUACUGUUGGCCAUAGCUAAUGAGCCCAAUCCAAGCACCUCUAUCCCUGCUCUUCCAAAGCCUGGUAAUGAUAUUGAGAUGCUAUCAGGCCUUUAAAUGGCUCUCAAAUGACCUGUAUGUUCACUGUCAAGGAACACAAACACACUCCGUUACACUCACUGUGUAGUGAAUGCAGUUAAGUGAAUUUACAUUGUAUGUCUUGACCUAACCUUUCCCCACAGUGACUAGCGAACUAGUGAUGCUGUCUCUGGACCUGGUGAAGACGCGUCUGUCCGUCAUGACCUCUAACCUCUCCCUACAGUGACCAGUGAGUUGGUGAUGCUGUCUCGGGACCUGGUGAAGACACGUCUGUCCCUCAUGACCUCUAACCUCUAACUUCUCCCUACAGUGACUAGCGAACUAGUGAUGCUAUCUCUGGACCUGGUGAAGAGUCGUCUGUCCGUCAUGUCCAUUGAGAUGAGGAAGAACUUCAUCCAAGUCAUCCUCACGUCGCUCAUCGAGAAGUCUCCCGACGCCAAGAUCCUCCGCGCCAUCGUCAAGAUCGUGGAGGAGUGGGUGAAGAACAACUCCCCCAUGGCAGCAAACCAGGUGAGAGGACCAUUUUCCAUCACGUUUCCCUGUUGGCCAUUUAGCAAACACUGUGGACAUACGCUGCUAAUGAUCUGUGUAAGAACAACUAGCCAGCAAAGCAAUCUGGGAACCAGGAAACACAAACCUACACAGGUGUCUUUGCUCUGAGUCCAGCAGAGGGACAGAAUGAGGAGGGAGCGAGAACCAAAGGUUCUUCACACUCCCCCCUUCAGAUGUACUAAAGAUAAAUGAACUGAAUCAAUCUGCUCUCUCUCCUCCUUCAUGUCUCUCGCUCCCUCCAUCCCUCUCUCCAUCCACAGAUGCCCAAUCUUCGUGAGAAGUCCAUUCUGCUGGUGAAGAUGAUGACCUAUAUUGAGAAGCGUUUCCCUGAUGACCUUGAGUUAAACGCCCAGUUCCUGGACCUCGUUAAUUACGUCUACAGGUAAUUACCCCCAUUAAUCACCUGGACGAGUAUGCAGGGCAAAUAUACUGAGCGCUGCUACGCUUCUUCAUCCAUCGAGGCGGAGGAGAAGAGGAGGGGAUGGGCGUAGAGAGAAGGAAGGGGGGGGCAGGGAGAGAGGGGUGUAUGCCAGGUCACCGCCACAAACCAUUCAUCCAUUGAGCGGGAGAUGGAGGGAUGGGAGUGGGGUGGAGAGAGCAAGGGAGUAUGCCACCAAACCACCACCACUCCAUCUAUUGAGAGGGAGGAAGAGAAAGAGAGGUGGGGAUAGGUUAGACAGAAUGAUGGGGGUUGGGUUUGAGAGUCUUCCAGUGACAGGACACAUGGUGUGAGGGAGAGAUGGGAGGGUGGCUGAGGGGUGAGAAGGGAGUCAGAGAGGUGAGGCAGCCAAGCGAAAGGUGACGGACUCCUCAGCCCACUGCUAUUCAUCCUGGCUGGCCCUCUAACCACACACAAACACCACUCCCCCGUCCCUCUCCUCCAGUCCUCAGAACUUGCCCCAUCCCUUUUCCCAUUCUGCCUGUUCACAGACGAUCGGCUCUGUAAGUCACAUAACUUUGAACAAGCUGUAAAACUAUGAUUGACUCAUCACCGUCCACAUCACAUAAAGAUAACAGAAGGACAUAGCAUCUGCUCCACGACGAUGUCUCUGAAUAAGUAGCUGGUUUAGUAGCUUUAGUAUAAUACACUUACUGCUGAGACAUUACUCCUCCUCUCUUUUAAAUACUCUAGAGGCCCGUUCACCAGGGCUGUGGGAUGUUAACCGUUUUACUAUUCCGCUAGGAUUAUCAUUAAAGAUAAAUGCUCCAUUUUUAAACAUUUAGUUAAAGUAACCGUCUGCAUCCUCCACUGUUUCACUCCAAUGACCUUCAUUGCUUCUUGUCCUCCACUCAUUACCAUGAUGCUUUUAGCUACUUUGGUAUCUUAAUUCUUAUGAAGGAGCUUGCUCCGAAACGCAUUAGCAUGAGUUACUGUAUAGGAGAAUUAAGUUGCAGUCGUCAACCUUUUUUCAUUAGAUAUAAAGAAUGGUGACAUAAAUACAUUUCAACCCUCUUUGUACAAACAGGGACGAGAGUCUCUCAGGAAGUGACAUCACGUCGAAGUUGGAGCCGGCCUUCCUGUCUGGGCUACGUUGCGCCCAGCCUCUGAUCAGGGCUAAGUUCUUUGAGGUGUUUGACCUCUCCAUGAAGAGACGUGUCUACGAGAGGCUUCUCUACAUCUGCUGCUCUCAGAACUGGGAGGCAAUGAGCAGCCACUUCUGGAUCAAACAAUGCAUAGAGGUAAGGAGACGUGCUAGGACGAGGGGUCGAAUCAUGACUAUUUUGGAUGUCAGUUGAGACAUUUGAGAUUUCGAGAGCUUGGGACUAUAAGGUUAUCUGCAUUUUUUUCAAAAUUGAGUUGACAUAGCUUUGUUCUUUUCAAUGUUCUCUACCUAUGUUUUCAAUGUACGGUACUCUAAAUACCCCCAAUUCAUGUUAAGGUCAAAAGAAUACAAUAAAAAAAAUUGCUCACACCAUUUAAAGCAAUGAGGUUUCGGAACUUUAAAGCCAAUUAUCUCAAUCAUCUUUUUGCAGAUAGAACCUUGUAGUCCCAAACUCUCCAUUUUUUUUGAAGUCCUUUGAAAAGAGGUUGCUGAUUUGAGCUUUGAAAUCGAACUAUGUCCUGUUUUAGCACAAAUAAUUAUUUGAUACUGUGGUAUGUGAUUUAGCUUGUCCGUGAUGCCUUUUUGUGAAGUGUCUACAUAAUGCUUCAGACCCCCUAGAAACUGUUAACCUGGCUUUCUGUGAUCUCUUUUCUGUGUGACUCUCUGCCUCUGUGUUAGCUGCUGCUGGCAGUGUGUGAGCGUAACAGCAUCAUCGGGACCAGCUGCCAGGGCUCCAUGCUCCCAUCCAUCACCAACGUCAUCAAUCUCGCCGACAGCCACGACCGCGCCGCCUUCGCCAUGGCAACCCACAUCAAGCAGGAGCCCCGAGAGAGGGAGAACAGCGAGACCAAGGAGGAGGUGAGGACGCCACGCAUCAGGAGUCAGAGGGUCACACGGACACAUACACACACACACUGAGACAUGUUGACACACACACAAAGACCCAUUAUCCCAUCAUGUGUAUUUGUUAUAGGAGAGGAAUAACAUCUAUUUCUCCCUAUUUGUUAACCUGUAGUUUCUGCUGCAACAAACUGUUCCCCACAGAUGCAGUAUUUAUAUAACAGUCAAUAUUUUCAGUUUACCUUUCCUCUCCCAUCUCAUCAUGAUGUUCAUCUCUCCAAGGGGAAAGACUAAGUGCUUUUGCAUAUAUUACAAUAAAUGACUAAAUGCAUCUCCCUCUCUCCUCUUCUUCCCUUUCCUUUCCUCGAUCUCCUCCACUCCUUCUACUCUCUCCCCCAUCCUUUCCUCUCCCUCCCCCCUCUCUCUCCUCCAGGAUGUGGAGAUAGACAUAGAGCUAGCCCCAGGGGACCAGACAGCCAUCCCCAAGACCAAGGAGCAGGCAGAGAAAGACACAGGCAACCAGCUGCACAUGCUCACCAACCGCCACGACAAGUUCCUCGAUUCCCUUAGAGAGGUCAAGGUGAGUUAUGACACCAACCCUCGCCCUUUUGGUUAAAAUCUUAUUAUUUUCCUCUGCAACCCUCCCCGCCCUCACUGUCAAGUUCAUCAACGCUUUUAGCACUUAAGACUUUGGCUUUGAGCACACAUUCUACAUUUGAUAGAUUUAUAUGGAUGAAGCUUAAGGAAAUAUAUUUGGAAUGUCAUAAAUUGACCCUUGAACCUUAAUCCUUCAGGUUGUUCCGCAGGAAAGUACCACAAAAUAUCCUGUGGAAUUUCCUGCGUAACUUUUCUGUGGGAUUUUUGCUGCAGGAUUCCUGUAGGGAUGUUUUGUAAAGGCGAGACGUUAACCCCUUAUUGUCAUUGUGUCAGAUGCUGACCUGUGGUUGUUGUCAUUGUGUGUGUCAGACGGGGGCGCUGCUGAACGCCCUGGUCCAGCUGUGUCACAUCUCCACCCCGCUGGCUGAGAAGACCUGGGUACAGCUGUUCCCUCGCCUCUGGAAGAUCCUGUCUGACCGGCAGCAACAUGUAAGUACUGCCAGGUCAAUGAGCAGUAACAUGUCUUGUACUUCCAGGUCAAAAAGUUGGCACUAGAUGGCCAGGCUACAAUGUAUGGUAAAUGCAGUGUGCUCACAACUGUAUUGGGGCCUGUUCAAAAGGGGGCAACAUUCCAGAACGUUUAGGCUGAAGGAAUCAUGUCAGCUCCAUAGAAAUAGAAUGAAUAUUGUAAUAGUAAUUAUUUUCCAAUGUCUAUUCAUGGUGUUUCUAUCUGAAACGUUGAGAUUAGCUAUUUAUACCUUCUAUACAAGUUUACAGGUCAAAACCCUGGUUGUCAUGCCGUGAUAGAGGUCAAAGGCUAUGGCAUGACUCAUUGUCUGUGUCAUCAUUAUUCACCUGGACAGGGCCGACACGGGUCACAGGCUCUGCUCUGACCUGACUGGUCAGCACCACACUCACACACAGACCCUCUGAGACACACAUACUGAGACCAACGCACACCUCAGCUCAGUGACGUUGGUUAGCAGACAGUCAGCCUGACCUUGACUCUCCCAUUUCUACCUUAAAACAUGCAAUUUCCUCUUAAUGAGGAACCAUUCAUUUAUGCAAAAUAUGGAAGAAGAAAACACAUACUGAGUUUAAUGAACCAGAUGGCUCCAGUAUUAAGAGGCCCAUUUAAGGGCUCCUGAUUUGAAGUGAUUGAGCUAUUAACUUUCUGAGACACGCUGGAAAUAGAACUAGACGUCUUUUAAUGAUGUUUGUCACUCAAAGACGGACGUGGAUAAAUACUUAAAUAGGUUGCAUAUUUAUGCUGAUAAUUAUCUGGUUAUAAAUAUCUUAAUGUGGUUUUAGGGUACUGACUGCUGGAGGAAAAAUCUAUUCAAGGCAUUUAAAUAGAGUGAUUAUUUUUGCUGAGGCUGUCUCUUAGAUGAUUAUGCUGUGGUAGCUAAUAUGGUGGCUUCCAAUUAGUUCUAGCUUGGUUUCAGUUGUGCAUCAUAUUGCAUGCUUUUGGCCAUAGAAACACUUUCUGUCUGUCCUCUUAACCUUAACUCUCCUUUCCUCUCUCUCCACUUUCUUCUCUCCCAAACCUCCCUCUCCUCCCGCGUCACCUCCCUCCCCCUCUCCUCCCAGGCCCUGUCAGGUGAGAUGAGUCCUUUCCUGUGCAGUGGGAGCCACCAGGCUCAGAGGGACUGCCAGCCCAGUGCCCUCAACUGCUUUGUGGAGGCCAUGUCCCAGUGUGUUCCCCCUAUCCCCAUCAGGCCCUGUGUGUUGAAGUACCUGGGGAAGACUCACAAUCUGUGGCUGCGCUCCACUCUGAUGCUGGAACAGCAGGCCUUUGAGAAGGGCCUCAGCCUGCACAGCAAGCCCAAGCAGAGCACCACCGAGUUCCACGAACAGGAGAGCAUCACUCCACCACAACAGGUACGGGUUUACAGACGACAUCUUGUUCACUUUCAGUUCUAUUAGAUGAGUACAUAGUGGAUAACAGUGAGCUUGUUAACUUUUCUUCAGACAUUGCCUUUGUACUUACUGUACAGUCCAUUCAUUAAAUAGGUAUGGCUGCUUGACAGAAACUGCAUCCUAACUAGGAAUGUAACGAUUCCAGUUCAACUGUUUAAGAUGUGUGUGCAUCGGUCCACAGGACUCCAAACCGAUCCAAAUGUAGCGUGAAUCAGUCAGAAAAUGUAUUAAAACAUUAUGAACUGCCGGUUCACUAACCUUUCACCAUUAAAAUGCUUGUAAGAUGACUUGUGCAAUAGUCAAUCAUAGGCUUUAUUAGUUGGGAGACAACCCAACGGUGCCCACUGUAAACUCUUGUUGCGCAUACUAGAAAGCACAACUUUGGGGAUAUCGUUGAUUUAAGGUUAUAGGGAAACUGACACUAUCAGGACUACUUAAAAAAAAAAAAAAAAAUCAACAAUCAAGUCUCCAUUGAAUGGGUAGAAUGGGUUGAUUUUAAUCAAGUUACUACAAUUUAGGCGAUACAUUUUGAAUUUCAACAGUAUCCCCCUUCAACAUUCCAAACUGAACUUUACCUGCUGUGAUCUUUGUGGCAUAACAAUGCAGCUGAUUGACUGAAGAUUAUACCUACAGUAACAUUAUGCUUCUUUUGAUUGAUUGAUUUUGUUUUCUUAACAUUAAGGAGUGGAUGAUUUUCUUGUUGUUGCUAUGUAUAAAAGAAACUGCAACCAAUUAAACAACCUAGGUGUAUUCAUUAGUCGCACACUGUAGCGAAACGCUUUGCACAGUUUAACAUGUCAACCUUCCAAACUGACCUUUGUCUGCCCUGACCUUUGUUGCAUAAGAAUGCAGGUGAUUAUCUAAGAAUGAAACCUGCAGUGACAUUAUGCUGGAAAGAACAUUAGAUUGAUUCAUGAUGAUAUUUGCCCAAUAUUUAGUAGGGGAGGGGAAAAAAUUGACUUGAAAUAUGCACAUUUUCAUAAAGAACAACAUGUAUUUCAAUUAUUUUAGCUUUAUGGUAUGAGAAUCGGUUUAACUUGAAGGUUAGUGUUAGACGUAGCUCUGUCAUUUUAUAGCAUGACCAGAUAGUAUAAACUGGCAACCAUUCCCAUAGACACUUCCUUCUAUUUAUGCUUGUGCUACAUUUUAGAUUCUAUUUUUAUUCCAUCAAGCUUCUAUUUUGAUUACUUUAUUACUUAGUUUUUUAUACUCUUAUUGUUGUCGCAUAUCGAGAUGUGAACCUGCAAGUAAGCAUUUCAUUGUACUGUUUACAACAUGUAUCCUGUGCAUAUGACAAAUAAAUUUGACUUGACACAGAUCAGAGAAGUCAGCUCAGACCGAUCCAGCUCAGAGAGGCCCAGCUCCUGAGCGCCAUCAGCAGCAGAUUUUCAUUUGGAAUGGAAAAUGAAUGUCUUCAUGCAACAACUGUUAGUGCAUCAAAUCCAAUUGUAUUGAACCGAAUUGCAUCGAUUUAUUCCUCUUAUCAAACCGAAUCACGCCGAAUCGUUUCAAACUAAAACAUAUCGUUCCUGUAUCGGAGCCCAUGUAUCUAGAUGUGUGUCGAAUCGUUUUUGAAAGGGAAGAUGCACACCUCUGAUCCUAACUCUUUGUGUGGUCCAAUAGGAGAUCCUGGACUCCCUGGCAGAGCUGUACUCUCUACUGCAGGAGGAGGAUAUGUGGGCGGGGCUGUGGCAGAAACGCUGCAAGUUCCCAGAGACUUCCACGGCUAUCGCCUACGAGCAGCACGGCUUCUUCGAACAGGUGAGGCUUUGUUGGCUAAUUUUAUAGUGUUGAAAACAUUGUACAAUUAUUUAGACUGCAAAGCCUACAGCUGGGUAGGUAGCUUUGCACGAGCCUUGGCUUGUGUGAGCGGGAACAGCUCAUAGGUUCUUGCUCCUAUCUCCUGUUUAUGUAGCGUGAGGCAGCUUGAUUUACAAUACCCCCUGGACAGGGCGCUAGUCUAUUGCAAGGCCUUGCCCCCAGUCUAUCUCCUUAAUGCCGAGUGCUAGGCAGACACGCACCGGGUCCCAUCUUUACAGUAUUUGGUAUGACUCGGCUUCUAAUCUCAGGGCGGACACUUAAUCCACAAGUCCAUGGAGUUGGUCACAGCUGGGUAGUACUGACUAUUUACUAUUUUUACUAUUUUACCUUCAACAGGCCCAGGAGAGCUAUGAGAAGGCCAUGGAAAAAGCCAGGAAGGAACACGAGAGGAGCAACGCCUCUCCUGCCAUCCUACCUGAGUACCAGCUCUGGGAGGACCACUGGAUACGGUAAAUAACUGAUGUAUUUACUGGUGUAGUUGUUACUUUAUGCUAGGUGUAAUAACUACAUAAUUACUGUCAUAACUAUGUAGUUGCUAUGUAAUAUCUGUAUUUUCCAUGUAAUUAAUGGUGUAUAAAGUAACAUUCAGUGUAACUACAUGUUCCUUCCAUGACAGACUGACCAGGUGAAUCCAGGUGAAAGCUAUGAUCCCUUAUUGAUGGCACUUGUUAAAUCCACUUCAAUCAGUGUAGAUGAAGGGCAGGAGACAGGUUCAAGAAGGAUUUUUAAGCCUUGAGACAUGGAAUGUGUACAGUACCAGUCAACUUUGGACAUACCAAUUCAUUCAAGGGUUUAUCUUUGUUUUUACAAUUUUCUACAUUGUAGAAUAAUAGUGAAGACAUCAAAACUAUGAAAUAACACAUAUGAAUUCAUGUAGUAACCAAAAAAGUGUUAAACAAAUCAAAAUAUAUGCUUUUCCAACUGUCUUGAAGGAGUUCCCACAUACGCUGAGCACUUGUUGGCUGCUUUUCCUUCACUCUGCGGUCUAACUCAUCCCAAACCAUCUCAAUUGGGUUGAGGUCGGGAGAUUGUGGAGGCCAGGUCAUCUGAUGCAGCACUCCAUCACUUCUUAUUGGUCAAAUGUCGGGUCAUUGUCCUGUUGAAAAACAAAUGAUAGUCCCGCUAAGCACAAACAAGAUGGGAUGGCGUAUCACUGCAGAAUGCUGUGAUAGCCAUGCUGGUUAAGUGUGCUUUGAAUUCUAAAUAAGUCAGUGUCACCAGCAAAGCACCCCCACACAUCACACCUCCUCCUCCAUGCUUCACGGUGGGAACCACACAAGCGAAAAUCAUCCGUUCACCUAAUCUGCGUCUCACAAAGACACGGCGGUUGGAACCAAAACUCUCCAAUUUGGACUCCAGACCAAAGGACAGAUUUCCACCAGUCUAAUGUCCGUUGUUUGUGUUUCUUGGCCCAAGCAAGCCUCUUCUUCUUAUUGGUGUCCUUUUUAGUAGUGGUUUCUUGCCUCAAUUUGACCAUGAAGGCCUGAUUCACGCAGUCUCCUCUGAACAGUUGAUGUUGAGAUGUGUCUGUUACUUGAACUCUGUGAAGCAUUUAUUUGGGCUGCAAUUUCUGUGGCUGGUAACGCUAAUUAACUUAUCCUCUGUAGCAGAGGUAACUCUGGGUCUUCCUUUCCUGUGGCGGUCCUCAUGAGAGCCAGUUUCAUCAUAGUGCUUGAUGGUUUUUGCGACUGCACUUGAAGAAACUUUCAAAGUUCUUGACAUUUUCCAGAUUGACUGACCUUCACGUCUUAAAGAAUGAUGGACUAUCGUUUCUCUUUGCUUAUUUGAGCUGUUCUUGCCAUAAUAUGGACUUACCCCUAUUUGGUAAAAGACCAUCUUCUGUAUACCCUCCAUACCUUGUCACAACACAACUGAUUGGCUCAAACGCAUUAAGGAGGAAAUAAAAUCCACAAAUUAACUUUUAACAAGGCACACCUGUUAAUUUAAAUGCAUUCCAGAUGACUACCUCAUGAAGCUGGUUGAGAGAAUGCCAAGAGUGUGCAAAGCUGUCAUUAAGGCAAAGGGUGGCUACUUUGAAGAAUCUCAAAUAUAAAAUAUAUUUUGAUUUAACACUUUUUUGGUUACUACAUGAUUCCAUAUGUGUUAUUUCAUAGUUUUGAUGUCUUCAUCAUUAUUCUACAAUGUAGAAAAUAGUAAAAAUAAAGAAAAACCCUUGAAUGAGUAGGUGUUCUAAAACAUUUGACUGGUACUGUAUCUGUGCCAUUCAGACGGUGAAUUGGCAAGACAAAAGAUUUAAGUGCCUUUGAACGGGGUAUAGUAGUAGGUGCCAGGCGCUCCGGUUUGAGUGUGUCAAGAACUGCAACGCUGCUGGGUUUUUCUCGCUCAACAGUUUCCCGUGUGUAUCAAGAAUGGUCCACCACCCAAAGGACAUCCAGCCAACUUGACACAACUGUGGGAAGCAUUGGUGUCAACAUGGGCCAGCAUCCCUUUGGACACGUUCAACAUCUUGUAGAAUCCAUUCCCUGACGAAAUGAGGCUGUUCUGAGGGCAACAGAGGGUGCAACUCAAUAUUAAGAAGGUGUUCGUUAUGGUUUGUACACUCCGUGUAUAUUGUUCAUCUUGAUAUAAACUAUCCUUCCUGUCUCUGCAGCUGUUCUAAAGAGUUGAACCAGUGGGAGCCUCUGACAGAGUACGGUCAGUCGAAAGGCAACAGCAACCCCUACCUUGUACUGGAGUGCGCCUGGAGGGUCUCCAACUGGGGCGCCAUGAAGGAAGCACUGGUACAGGUAGGGGAUGCCCAACACACACACACACACACACACACACACUGACACAGCUAUACACAGAGACCACACACGCACGUAGACACACACUCGGCUGAGGUCUGGUUCCCAACUCCAGAACAGCUUGUAAAGCUGUGGAAAUGUAGUUUGGCAGUCGUUAGGGAGGUUAAUUUAUCAGUCUCGUGUUAUCUAAAGCAGAGUAGAGGGAACAUAAUAGUAGCUGACACAUAACAAAUACUCCUGCCUUGCUUUCUGCUCAGAGAUCUGGAAACGAGCCACUGUCCUGAGGUGACAUCUCAUUAAACUGUCCAGCAAAACCUUUAACUAGCAACCUCUUACGUUCAUUCUCUCUUAUCUCUCUGUCUCUCUCGGCAUGGGAAACAUAUGUUUACAUUGCCAAAGCAAAUGGAAUAGACCAUAAACAAAAGGGAAAUAAACAAAGGAAACUUUAGUAAACAUUACACUUACAAAUAUUUGUAAAAUAAUUUAGACAUUUCAAAUGUUAUAUUAUUGGCUAUGUACAGUGUUGGAACAAUGUGCAAGUAUUUGAAGCAUUAAAGGGAAAAUAAAUAUAGAUUGUAAAUACAAUGUUUGUGCUCCACUGGUUGCCUUUUUCUCUUCUCCCUCCUCUCUCUCUUUCUCUCUCUCGCAUUCCUCCAUGGUUUUGCAUAGAUCUAAUAUUUACGUGUCUGUGCGUGAUUAAUUGGCUCAAAAUCUGUUGUUUAGUGAUUUGUUACUUGGCAGUGGUAGAAGACUGAGUAGAGCAGGCUGCUGCUGUUGUGGUGAGGCUCCGUCUGUCUGUCUGAAUGGCCCAGCUUUCAAUUAAACAGCCUCUGAUAAGGCCACCACUGUCUACGGGAGAUUCAUCACAUAUCCCCUCGUCUGUGAUAAGUGCAUUUUGACCGAUCGCUGUAUUUCUCUCCCCCAUCAACACACAGACAGAGAGAGGGACACACACCUAAUCAUGUUGCACAGGUUUGACUGCGCAGAAGGCAGGCUCCCCCUGGGCUAUCGUUAGUGUUGUGGUUAAUGCACUCAGUGGUCCGAUCAAUAUAGUCUCUGCUCACCUCUGUGUCAGGCUGAUUAUUCAUUAACCACUAAGGCCUUUAAAAAUGAUGAGGAGAAUGAAUAGAACAGGUGGUGUAUUGUGUUCUGUUAGUGCUGCUUUGUGACAGUGGCAUGAAGUAAUUCACUUUAGAGAGGCAAACCAAAGAAUUGCAGUCCAAAUUCUGAUAGCUGUAACACCUCAGUCACACAUACUGACAAAUGCACACUUGUUACUUUCUCAUAUGCACCUGUGUAUAACCUUAUGUUUGUAUAGAUAAGUAACUAACGUGUGUGUAACCUGUGUCUGUAAACUUUCUGUCUGUAAGGUGGAGCUGAGCUGUCCUAAGGAGAUGGCGUGGAAGGUGAACAUGCACCGUGGUUACCUGGCUAUCUGCCACCCAGAGGAGCAGCAGCUCAACUUCAUAGAACGGCUAGUGGAGAUGGCCUCCAGUCUGGCCAUACGGGAGUGGAGGAGACUGCCUCACAUCGUGUCCCACGUACACACACCACUGCUUCAGGUAAGAGAUGGGGGUGAGGCAGACACACACACAAGCACCACCUGAAAUUGUUUGAAAUCUCAAUCAAGAUGCAAUAAAAGUCUGGAACACAUUUAUUUUGAUCACUGUAUUGCCAGAUGAAGAGUCGAUCAGUGAUCCCAGCCAAUUUACUGGGGAAAGACACUGAUAAUCUGUUUUUCUGGGAAUGAAGAGGGGGGAAAACACUUCCCUGAAAGUCCAAUAAAAACCAGAGGGAGGGCGAUAAUGGAGUGAGACAGACUAUGAGAAGGAGGAAAAGAAAGAAAGAGGAGAGGGAGUGAGAGGAAAAGAAAAGAGGCAGUAACUUUAGACUGUCCGUAAUUGCUUUCCCCCCAUCAGAUAGUGUUUGAUUAAAUACCUGCUCCAAAAUUACAUUUGCAUGAUGAAUGGCCACUCCAAAAUGAAGGUUAUAAAUGUGCCAUCAGCUGAUAUUAACAGAUAAUUGUGAGAAUAUUGUACUGCCCAAUUUAUUUAGUUUCUGGUGAUUUGAUUCGGGAAGUCCACUGACCGAUUUAGGCCAUUUCUCUUUUGAAGGCAGCUAUUUGAAUUGAGUACCGCUACAUUCAUUUAUGUGUGGUCCCAUUCAUUAUAAAAGCAGAGGAAAACAACUUUUCUUUCCUGCUUAGUGAACUCUGCAGUCGUAAAUCUCUGUUUCAGUAUGAUACACUUAAAGCCCAGAGAGCCUCUAAAACAAAGGCUUUCUGCAGGUAAAUAACUAGGAUCAAACUGCAUUCGGAAUCAAGCCAUCAUCAAAAUACAGGACUUUCCAAUUACUUUAGAUCAAUGAAUUCACACCAGCUAUAUUGAUCGGUGGCUUUAGUAUUACUAUUGUUUGAUGAAAAUGAUUGAUCAUCAUUCGGGUGUAGAUACUUGCAGCUCGAUAGCAUUUCAUAUUCCGGUUUAGACCCUUCAGAAUGGAGAGAUAUGUUGGUCUUUUUUAUGUCUGAAAGAAGUGAUUAGCCAUUAAAGUAAUAUGAUUUUCUGGCCCUGCCACCAGCCCUAACCUUAAUAUGACAGUCCCUAAAGGUAAAUCGUUUAUAUGACACUCUGAUCCAUCUAUCAGGUGUUGGCUUCUCGGACCUCAUUUCAGAGAAGGUUUUUCCAAUAGUCAUCAUAAGCCUGUAAUACAGUGGGCUAAUGGCUUUGGAAUUGGCCUGGACACCCUGCCUUUUCUAAUGUCAUAGAGAAAUAACAGAAACCCCGCCAAGUCUCAUCCCUUUUUUUAUUCAUCUCCAUCCCUCCCUCUUCUGUACCAUUGUCUUCUCUUUCUCUGUUUACCCCUUCUCUCUUCCCUUUCCCAACCAUUUCCUGUCACCACUGUUCUCCACCCUCACAUUCUUUCUUCUUCUCCACCCCUUCUCUCUCCCCAUUCCUCCAUUUCUCUCAAAACCCUCAAACUUUCCCACCCCCCUCCUACCCAUCCAGGCUGCCCAGCAGAUCAUCGAGCUCCAGGAGGCGGCCCAGAUCAACGCUGGACUUCAGCCAGCCAACCUGGGCCGUAACACCAGUCUCCACGACAUGAAGACUGUGGUGAAGACCUGGAGGAACAGGCUGCCCAUCGUCUCUGAUGACCUCUCCCACUGGAGCAGCAUCUUCAUGUGGAGGCAGCACCACUACCAGGGUAGGAGACACACCUAUCGGUACUCAGGAUGGGGGCGUCUCUAAAAGUCCACAGUGAGCUGAACCCCUCACGCUCUCUCUACCUUCCCAAAUGUCAGCUCUCUAAAUGACUUGUUUACUCUGCUCGACACACACACACACACAUACACACACACGAGAGGGGGAGGGAAAUAGAGAUACAGAGGAAGAGAGACACAGAGACAGUGAGUGGGAAGGAGUAUAGGAGAGGGGUAGAGGGGGAAAAAAAAGGAAUGCAGAGAGACUGCAAAGGGACUGCAUGACAGCACAGCCUGAGUUGGAGGGAGGGAAAGAGCCAGAGAUGAGGAGCGAUGAAACUGAGGCAAAGAGGGGGAGGAAGGAGGUUUGGAUAUGAAGAGGACAAGAGGAAGGAAAGAACAGUACAAAAAACAGAAAAGAGAAGGGGAAAGGGGAAGAUGGAACAAAUUCAAGGUAGAAGAUGAGAAUAGAUGAAAAGAAAGAAUAAAUAGAGGAAGAGUUGAGUGAAUGAAAAAUCUGGUCUCCCAUUGUUGUCUCAGUGUCCUCUACAACAUGGCACACACUGAACAUGCACACUGUGGUGCCAGGCAUUGUCCUGCAGUGACUUUGAAACCAUUCAGUCUCAGCAUCCUGAAAAAUAUGUUGUCUGAGGCAGCUUUAGUUCUGCUAUGAAACUACUACAGUUAUGGUGACUGGUGCAACACUGGUGUAAGUACAAAAACCGAGAGAACAUGAGACACAACUUUGUAUUUGAUUGAUGCUUUCAUCCAAAUUAACUUUGUUACAUAGUCAAGCUCAAGAAUAUCUAGCUCCCUCUCCUCUCCACACUGACUGGACUGUAGUGACAUCUUGUCCUCCUCCUUCCUAUCCCAGCCAUUGUGACGGCGUAUGAGACCAACACGCAGCACGACCCCAACACCAGCAAUGCCAUGCUGGGGGUCCACGCCUCCGCCUCUGCCAUCAUCCAAUAUGGCAAGAUAGGACGCAAACAGGUACCAAGCUCACUGUCUGAUCAAUCACUAUUUGCCAAGAUUACACGUUUACCAGGGUUGAAUUUAAUUUCAGUUGUCAAUUCUGGAAAUUAAAUUAUUAGAGAAUUGAAAAUUAAAUCACACAUUAUUUUCUGAGGAUUUUCCAAUUUAUGAAUUGAAUUGUUUUCAACUCUGUGGUCCUGUGUGGCUCAGUUGGUAGAGCAUGGUGCUUGCAAUGCCAAGGAUUGUGGGUUCGAUUCCUACAGGGGCCACCUAUACAAAACAAUUAUGCAUGCAUGAGCUUUGGAUAAGUGUCUGCUAAAUGCCUUCAGAAAGUAUUCACACCCCUUUACUUUUUCCACAUUUUGUUGUUACAGCCUGAAUUUAGAGAUUUGGUGUCAUAGAUCUACACACAGUACCCCAUAAUGUCAAAGUAGAAUUUUGCUUUUAGAUUUUGUUUUACAAAUUAAUUAAAAAUGAAAAGCUGAAAUGUCUUGAGUUAAUAAGUAUUCAACCCCUUUGUUAUGGCAAGCCUAAAUAAGUUCAGGAGUUAAAAUUGUUGUGGACAAUUAACGCUCAGUUUCAGUUGCGCACGGCAUUGCAGUACGACGUACUGCUAGCAGCAUUUUAGCCAAAGACUUAUGUGCUGUCUAGUCUGUGUAUUAUAAUUGUGCAAUGAGCAUAACAAUACUUUAUAUAUGGAAUUGGCAUAUCGUUCUCAUUCUGAGAAAUACUCAUCUUUUUAUCCAGGUAGGCCACUUGAUUUCAAUAUCUAAACAAAGUGAACAGGCUAUGUUGUUCGAACAGAUGAAGACUGACAAGGGUGUAUUCAUAACAGUUCAACUGUUCUACAUUGUUAGCAAGCAAAGUUGGCUAGACUUUAAAUAUACAUUUUAGCUGGCUGCUCACUAGCGUGUGGGCUUGUGCUUGAGAGAUCGUUUGAGACCUGUAUUAAUUCUGGUCAUUAUUGGUGGAUGUGCAUGGUUCUGGUUAAAUUUGUAACAAAAUGUUAUAGACAGACUUGAAAGAUGUGAUUAUUGCAAAAGAAAGCAGGUUAAACUAUUUCGAUAAAGUAUUUAAAUUAUUAGUGGGUCUUAUGGUUGUGGAACGCUUAUAUUUAGCCUAGGUACAAUUUUCGAAGCCCUGAAUUCAUUAUAUUAUUCCUGACUCUUUGAAAUGUGGUGUAGUGACCUUUUUUAAUUGUGCAAUAAAGUUUAUUCAGAGAAAGCGUUUAAAAAAAAUCGAGAAACACAAUGUAGAAAACAUUAAGAACACCUUACCGAAUAUUUAGUUGCACCCUCUUUUGCCCUCAGAACAGCCUCAAUUUGUAGGGACAUGGACUCUACAAGGUGUCAAAAGCGUUCCACAGGGAUGCUGGCCCAUGUUGACUCCAAUGCUUCCCACAGUUGUGUCAAGUUGGCUGGAUGUCCUUUGGGUGGUGGACCAUUCUUGUAACUGUUUAGCGUGAAAAACCCAGCAGCGUUGCAGUUCUUGACAUACUCAAACCGGUGCGCCUGGCAUCUACUGCCAUACCCCGUUCGAUGGCGCUUAAAUCUUUUGUCUUGCCGAUUCAACCUCUGAAUGGCACACACACAAUCCAUGUCUCAGUUGUCUCUAGGCUUCAAAAUCCUUCUUGAACCUGUCUCCUCCGCUUCAUCUACACUGAUUUGAAGUGGAUUUAACAAGUGAGAUCAAUAAGGGAUCAUAGCUUUCACCAGGUCAGUCUGUCAUGGAAAGAGCAGGUGUUCCUAAUGUCUUGUAUACAUUGUAUAUCGUGAAUCGCCCAUACGUUUUGAAAAAAACGAGCUACUCUGUUAAUUUUUUAUGCAUAGUCACUUUAACUCUACCCACAUGUACAUAUUACUUCAACUACCUCAACUAGCCGGUGCCCCCGCACAUUGACUCUGCACCGGUACCCCCCUGUUAUUUUAUUUUACUUCUGCUCUUUUUUUCUCAACACUUUUUGUUGUUGUUUUAUUUUACUUUUUUAUUAAAAAUAAAUGCUGUUUAAGGGCUGUAAGUAAGCAUUUCACUGUAAUGUCUGCACCUGUUGUAUUCGGCGCAUGUGGCCAAUAAAAUUUGAUUUGAUUAAAUCACAAGGCCAACCACAAGUUGCUAACUAAGAUGACAUUGAAUGUUCCUGAGUGGCCUAGUUACAGUUUUAACUUAAAGCACCUCGAAAAUCUAUGGCAAGACUUGAAAAUGGCUGUCUAGCAAUGAUCAACAACCAACUUGACAGAGCUUCAAGAAUUGUAAAAAGAAUAAUGGGCAAAUAUUGUACAAUCCAGGUGUGCAAAUCUCUUAUAGGCUUACCCAGAAAGACUCACAGCUUUUAAUCGCUGCCAAAGUUGAUUCUAACAUGAAUUGACUCGGGGUUGAAUACUUAUCUAAUCAAGAUAAUCAAUGUUCAACAUUUUCUUCUGCUUUGACAUUGGAGUAUUUUGUGUAGAUUGAUGACCAAAAAUUACAAUGAAAUCUAUUUUAAUCCCACUUUGUAACACUGUGGAAAAAGUCAAGGGGUGUCCAUACUUACUGAAGGCACUGUAUAAUAUUUUUUAAUUAUUAUUACUUUUUAAUAUGUUAACCUGUGUGCGUUUCCACUCAGGGUCUGGUGAAUGUGUCUCUGGACAUCCUGAGUCGUAUCCACACCAUCCCCACGGUGCCCAUCAUAGACUGCUUCCAGAAGAUCCGCCAGCAGGUCAAAUGUUACUUGCAGCUGGCUGGGGUCAUGGGCAAGAACGAGUGUAUGCAGGUGAGGAAGUUGUCAUUUGUAGCUCAGUUGGUAGAGCAUGGCGCUUGCAACGCCAGUGUAGAGGGUUCAAUUCCCGGGACCACCUGUUUGUACAUGUAUGCAUGACUGUAAGUGGCUUUGGAUAAAUGCAUCUGCUAAAUGGAAUAUAUUAUUACAUUAUAUUAAGUAUUUUUUUGUGAUGAUGAUGAUGAUAAUAGCACUCUGACUUGAGGAAAGUUAUGAUUAAGACAUUUUGUAAAAUCUGGUAAAUGUUCUCCUGUCUGAAGUUAUUUCACCAUUAAAAACCCCAUUGAAGACUUCACUUCAAUGCCUUUGAAAUACAUGAUCUUAAAUGAUGAAAUAACACUUUCUAUUGAAAUUCCCUUUCUAAAUAGUAGCUGAAUAUAUUUGGUGAACAAAGUUGUUUUCAUCUCCCCCUGCAGGGUCUGGAGGUGAUCGAGUCGACCAACCUGAAGUACUUCACCAAGGAGAUGACAGCUGAGUUCUACGCUCUCAAAGGCAUGUUCCUGGCCCAGAUCAACAAGUAUGUGCUCAUCUAGACACUACUACAAGUGAUUGCUGAGUAUGAGUAUCAGAAUUAGCUCUUGAGGUUGACUUGGUGACGGACUCACUCUUCAGGUUGACUUGGUGACAGACUCAGGUUAUAAUCUCAGACACUUAUUUCUACCCGUGUCAUCAACACACGCCCGUGUCUACACUACGUUCUCACUGCAGGGGGUGCCUGUAGAGCACACACACCUCUGUUCCCUUCCCCAAUCACACACGCACACAGACACGCACGCACACAAAUAAACAUGCGCGCACACACGACACACACACAACCCUCUCUAUGCCCUUCCCCAAUCACAAACCCACGCACACCCCUCUUUCCCCCUCACCCUUCAGCGCCCACUCUCCUCAUCAGCCCUGACAUGAUGACGGUGCCCCGCGGGGGUGAAAGAAAAAUGGGGGAUAGCUUAUUAAAUAUCCACGCCCGAAUAAUUAACUCGCUGGCAAUUUACUGGAAUCUCUGGUAUCAGCAGAACUUAGCCUAACCUCAGCAGUAGGGACCUAAUGCAGUCAUUACGAACACACACGCACAAAUACACACACUCUGCGGGAGUAUGAACAGCGUGGUUCGGGCCUGGGAUAGACGGUAGGAGCCUUCAGUUAAGUGGUGUGUCUGUGUGUGACUUGACACUCGGCUUGGCGUCUCUCCCCCUCUCCUCCCCUCUACCCCUCUCUCGCCCCGCUCCACUCCUGCUGAGGAGAAACUGUUUAUGUACUUUGACACCGCCAAUGUGACGAGCACAUAAAGUAUGACUGUGGGGGCCUGGCUUAGACUCCCACAGCAAUCAGCCUCCAUGUUCCUUUAUCGCAACGCCAAAUAGGUUGUUAUAAUAACCCAUUAUAAUUGAUUGGCCCGUGAGCCAUUUUAAAGUAGGUGUGCUUACUCCUUGCUGUUUGAGGUUUGAAACCUCGCCCAAAAUUGUGGUUUGAUUAAGUCCUGUUGAGCUCUUGUUCUGUUGACAGACAAGUGUGUCUUUAUUUUGACUGAGGGGCAGAGGUUUAUUUUUUUAUGGGGUACCUUGCCCCUUAUUCCUUAAAGAAAUCCUGAAUGGGUUGUAAAAUUAUUAGAAUGGUUUAUGGCUUAGGGGGGAGGAGGAUGUAUUGAAGCAGCUGAUGGCUGUACAUAUUUUUCACCGUCAGCAUAAACAACAGUCAAACGUAGGUCUCUGCCAGAUUCCACCCUGUCUCCCUCUCUCUCUUUUCUUGGUAUUUAAGCUAUAAACUUGAGCUGAACACUUGAGCUUUGAGUUCAAGAUUCUGGAAGCAGGAUAAAGAGCCUUGUCAAUGAGGGGAAGUUGAAAAAUGAUGGAUAUUGAUAUACAUAUUAGAAAGAUCAUCAUUUUAACGCUCUAUCCUCCCCCUCUCUGCCGUACUCUUCCCUUUCCCAAUCCCCAUUUCUCGCCAUCCUUCAUCCCCCUUCUCUCUCAACAUACUCUCCGCUCUAUCCUCCCUUCUCUCUCUUCCUCUCCAUAUCCCAUCCAUGUAUCUCUUUCUCCUUAUCUUCCCAUUUCCCCCUUCCUCCCCACUCCUUUAUCCUCCCUCUCCAUUCCCCCUUACUCUCUCUCCCCCACUCUCUUCAUUACUCCACCCCUCCUUCAGGUCAGAGGAGGCCAACAAGGCGUUCUCGGCAGCGGUCCAAAUGCAUGAUGUCCUGGUGAAGGCUUGGGCCAUGUGGGGGGACUACCUGGAGAACAUCUUCGUUAAGGAGCGCCAGCUGCACCUUGGCGUCUCCGCCCUCACCUGCUACCUGCACGCCUGCCGACAUCAGAACGAGAGCAAGUCACGCAAGUACCUGGCCAAGGUGGGUUAG